CACAGACGCAACGUGAGGCGGGGCUAGAUGUUGCUGCCCUUCCCGCAUCCCGCAGUCAGAUGUACUCGGAAAAAUGGGAAAACGAAUCAGAAGAUCAUUCAUGCAACUGCCGGGAAUGGCCGACAGUUACCUGGCAGUGUUGUCGGAGAGAGGAGUUCCAUUCUGAGCCGAGAAGGAGAGAGAUUUGAGGCUAGACCAUGGUUCAAAACACCGAGUCACAGCAUGUCACUUUGUGAUCCAGUACUCAGGAGGGUAAUUCUGGAGCCACACCUUCCCUUUUGAAUGUCCCUUCAUCCUGGCUGUGUAUCAUUGUGAGAUGGAGUCUCUCAACCCAGCAGAAGAGUACACUUUGUCUGCCUCUGAAAGAAUCACUGACGGGAACAGCAUUGUUCAAGAUAACAGAGCUAAACAUGAAGAUGUUGACUUGUUCAGCAUGACAGACACGGGCUCUGGAAGUACUCUGAAAUGUGACCAAAUGAAAACAGAAACUGAUGAAGCCGCCGAUGUUAAACGGCACCAAUACAUUCAUGCUGCAGUAAAAAUUGAGCCUCAGGAACAGGCUCAAAUUGGUCGAGGACAAGAAAUCCACCGAUGUGAUGGAAAUCUUGGAGACUCGGAAAUUAACACACUGCGCACUGAGUCCAGUAGUGAUUUUGCUGAGAUUGAGAUAGAAACAGAGGACAAUCAGAGUGAAUAUAGUGCUGUUGGGAGGAGAAGAUCAAGCCUCCGGGUUAAGAGUUUCAGUGAGGGAUUAAAACUGAGCACUCGCAGAGAAAUUGACCUUGAUGAGAACCCUUAUGUGUCCAAAGGCAAUGAGAAACUUUUACAGAGUUCAAAGGUCACUGGAGGACAGAAAGUUCAGACAGGAGAGAGUUUGCAUUCCUGCAAAUCAUAUUCUUGUCCCAAAUGCGGGAAAAGCUUCAGGCAGUUAAGAACAUUAAAAGAACACACGUUCAUACACUCAGGAGAGAAGCCACUUUGUUGUACUGACUGUGGUAAGCAUUUCAGUCACUCUCGAAGUUUAAUACGGCAUCGACAAAUUCAUACUGGAGAGAAACCACACACUUGCUUUGACUGUGGAAAAUGUUUCAGACAGUUAAGUCACUUAAAAAGACAUCAGCUUGUUCACACAGGAGAGAGACAGCACUCUUGCUCUCAAUGCGGGAAGAAUUUCAGUCGAUUGGAACAUUUAAGAACACAUCAGAGAAUGCACACGGGAGAGAAACCAUACUCAUGCUCUGAAUGCAAUAAGAGUUUUAGUCAUUUGGGAAGCUUAAAACUACAUCAGCAAAUUCAUUCAGGAGAGAAACCACAUUCUUGUACUGAGUGUGGUAAGAGUUUCAGAGAGUUGGGGACAUUAAAACGGCAUCAGCAAAUUCACACUGGAGGGAAACAACACAACUGCAAUGUAUGUGCAAAAAGUUUUAGUCACUUGGGAGCCUUAAAAAUUCACCAGAGAACUCACACAGGGGAGGAACCAUACUCUUGCUCAGAUUGUGGAAAAAGCUUCUGUCAUUUAGGAAACUUGAAACAGCAUCAGCUAACUCACACAGAUGAAUCAUAUUCUUGCACAGUGUGUGGGAAGGUUUUCUUUCGUUUAGGGAACUUGAAACAACAUCAGUUGCUUCACACAGGUGAGAGACUGUACUCUUGCAAUGACUGUGGGAAGGGCUUUACGCACUUGGGAAACUUACACACUCAUCAGAGAAUCCACAAAGCGGGAAAGACCUACAUUUGCUCCGAAUGUGGACAGCGGUUUUAUCAGUUAGGAAGCUAUAAAAAACAUCAGCGAGUUCACGCAGUUGAGAAAGUGUACACCUGCAUUAUAUGUGGCGAUAAUUUUGGUAACUGGGGACACUUUAAACAGCAUGAGCAAAUUCAUACCAGGGAGACUAUACUAUUGCCAUAAUGUUUUUACAAUUCCACAUGUGCAUGAUGGAGAUGUAAAAUUCUAUUCACAACUUACGCUUGAUGAGCAUAUUCAUAACAAUUAAUUCAUUACAAUCAGAAAAGAUGAGGAAAUCCAUAAUAUAGAAGGAGAACACAAUUACAGAUGAGAUCUAUGGACAUUAUGGCUUAAAGAAAUUACCACAACACUUAAUGCUUUUCUCUCAUGUUCUGUACUUUGAUUUCACCAGUCCUCCUCAGGCAAAUGUCACAUAUGCCACAUAUCUGGAAGGUAAACCCACACUUCUUUGUUGGCCAACUGGGAGAAGAGAUGGGAAAAUUAGGCAUUUAACCUCAAUCGUAUAGUUUGAUUGGUCCAGAUGUUUUUUGUACUAAGAAGGGUAUUUUGAUGACCUACAGUGUUGUGAAAACGUACAACACUUUGAUAUCAGUCUUUCACAUCACUGUGGAGGAAUCUUAUCCCAUUUCUGAUUCUGCCACAGCAUCUGCAGAUUGUAAGAAACCACUGAAUUUGUAAAAUGUCCUGCAUUGCAAACUGAAACUCUGGGCCAAUGCAAAUAUAUGCAAUAAAACUUAAAUAAUGUAAAAUAAUAAUAAUAAUUAAUAAAAGAAAUCCGGAAUGUGACUUUGUAUUGCAAUACUGGCAUUUAGCAGAAGAUUCACUUUGCUAUCCAGUUUGCUUUUUUGGUUUAUUUGUAUAAAUAAAUCAGUGUAUAUACUGAAGUAAUUCAAGUUGUAUAUCUUGCUCAAGAGCAAAAUGCUGAUACCCUACCUGGGAAUCACCUGCAGCUUUCCUGUUACAAGCCUAGUUCCUUAGCCAGCAUACUACACUGCCACCCUGAUUUCACAUAUUGUAGCGCUUAUAUUGAUAAAAUAGGAGAAAACUAUUUAAUCAGCACUUUUUUGUUGCUAGUUUUGUCAAUAGCUAGUCUGUCAAUCCUUCAACAAUGUUUUUAUGUCAUCUGCUCAAUUAUAUACAGGGUGCAAUUAUAUGUGAGCAAAAACCUUGGCACCCCUGGUUUAUAUGUCUGUUACAAUGAAUCUGUAUGUGAUCGAUAGCAAACCUGAACUGUAAACGGUACAGAUUUAACUAUGAGACCUUUAUGCAAAUUAUAUGGAAAGAUUGAUUUGAAAGUUCUUGUAAGUUUGCUUUUAUCAAAUUUAACAUGCUUCUUAUGUUGUCUAGUGCUGUCAGUUGUGCAUUAGCUAGGUAAUGCAAUUUGCCAUAAUGGCAAACCGAGAACCAUUGAGAAUCAUUCACAGGUCUGAAGUAAAAACAACUGUUCCAGUUUUUACUCUGUGAACUUAUCCAGCCUACUCAGUAACCCUGCUUCAUGAUAUACUCUCUGAUGCAAAACCAACUAGACAGUUGGCUUGCUGAACUUGUACUCCACUGCCUCUAUAGCCUAGUUGUAGCCUAUAAAUCAUAACAAAGCUUUCUUCAUUCCGUUGAACGCAAUGGUGUAUAAAGCACUACAGUCAACAUGUAUGUUGUGUAACAUUUGUAACAGCAAAGUUAUACAAGAAACUGCUCUUAUCAAACUUUCCUGAAACCCCAAAUAGUUGUGACUAGUCAACAAGAUGGCUAUCAAUUGUAGCUUAAUUUAUUAGCUAGCUGGCCCUACACUUAACGUGUCCCGUUAGCCUAUGCACACAUAUACUAUCAUGUACAGUGGGCUCCAGAAUUAUUCGGCACCCUUGAUAAAUAUUCACAAAAAGGUGCUGUAAAAGUUAUUGAUUUAAGCUUUAUUUUCCAACAUGCGUGAAGUAGUGUGCUUUAUUAAUGAUUUAAUGGAAUCGACCAAAGUUUUACAUUUUUUAAAUAAAAAAAUAUUUCCCGAAAAAACAGGUUACACAAUUAUUGCCCCCCCGGCUUUAAUACUUUGUGCAAACACCCUUGGCAAAGAUGACAGCCAUGUGCAGAACUUCAAAAUCAUUCAUAUCCCGAUACCCCCCUCUUCAGUUCAGACCACAGGAAUUUAAGUCUGGAUGUACUGUACUUUUUUUUUGUUGUAAAACGUCAAACCUUUUUGGUAAAAUCAAAAAAAAAGUUGCUGAUGCUUAACAGUCUCAGUGUGCGCAUUGAAAAUGCUACAAUUUCAUUACGCAGGCAAAAAAAUGUGUUUUAUGCAAGCAAAUACGGAUCUAAGUGGUGUUGCUAAAUCAUCUUGAAAUAGGUUCUACAGAUAGAACCGUGAGUUUUAACGCUUUCAAAUGGUAUAUCCUGUUACCAUAAUGACUGAAAAUGGCACUGGACAUAAGGGGUUAAACACAUGGGAUUGUUAUUGUCUAAAUUACAGCCCAUCUUUCAGAAAAAAUAAAUCCCAAAUAAGAAACCCUACCCCAGUGGACACUACUCACAAAUGUGAGAGAAGAUACUCGUGCUCAAAGGUUUAAAAUAUCAUUUAAAUAUAAUACUGCCCUCUGGUGGUUGUCCACACAAUUGUUUUUAAUUGUACAAUUACAACAUGCAUGGGGAAAUGUUUGUGAUAUGGCUUCAGAGCAGUGGUUCUGCCUUGGCCUGGGGGACCACUGUGUGUGCUGGUUUUCAUUGAGCGUGUUGACUUUGAUUCCCUUAUGGCAUGCAUAGCAAUUUCAGCCAUAGUGAUGCUUCAGAUGAUAAAUAUUUCCUCCUAAACAUGAUUUGCUCAACAUCCAUCGAGCACUGACAGUAUUUUACAAAAGUUAACAGCUUGGUAAAAUUCUGAGAUUGCGAUUGUGGUUGGAAUGCACAACCAUUGGGAACCACUGCUUUAGAUUGAGGGUGUCCAAUCUUAUCUGAAAAAUGACCUUUUCUUUUAGCCUGGCACCAAGACACCUGAUUCAACUUCUUCAUUGGAGACCAUGAUAAGCUGAAUCCUAGUGCUUUGCUCAAACAAAAACCUGCAAUAGCAUUAGUCCUUUUCUGGAUAAGAUUUGACAUCCCAGCUUCAGAGCAACCACUAAACAACCACUUUUUUGGGAUUAUAAAAAGAAAAUGUCAUUGCACGUUUUCUAGACCGAAACAGGACAUUCAUAUGAUGUUUGACCAAACCUUUGUACAUAAUUUCAUUUGUUAUAGAUUCAAUAAUAAACUGCCGAAAAAAGCACAAAAUGUUCAUUACUAUGGAGAUCACAAACAGGCAACUAUUGUUGAAAGUUUACAUGAUAUAGGCACCCCGAUGAAGACAUACUGGUGAAUCUCAAAUACUAAACGCUUUUAAUCGCACGAGUGCCUGCAAGAGUGCGAUUCUCAUUUUUCACUUAUGAUUAUCGGACUGUAAUUCAGCCACUGUUUUUGGGUGUGCGUCCUUUUUAGUUUACAUGGUAUGAACAGUGUGAUUGGUACUAAUGGCCUAAUGGAUCAUUACGCAUGUGAUCCCUUUGAUAGCCUUCCACAAAGUGUCUGAUCUGUGUAAUAGAUUAGCUCCAUUGAACCAUUGAAUUGUAUGUAUCAGGCCUGCUGUAGAGUCGCAUCACUGUGCAGUGGAGGUCUGUCAGUCUAAAGUAGGACAGUGUUUCUGCCAUGUGGCAUCUCUGCCAUUUCUGGAAAUAAAAUGGGUCACGUGCCUGUCUGUGCAGCACUCACAUCUCGCUUCUAAUGCAGUGCAGGCCAUCGCAUUGCCAAGGGGGAUUGCAUCCAAGGAGCAGAGAGAGUAGAGAGAGAUGAAGGCUUUCUGACAUGCCACACUGUAGCAAAUUCAGUAAAUUAGUGUUUUCAUGUGUUGUGCAACCAAAAUAACGGUAAAAAAAAUGUAAUGACUGUUUCUUCUCACACCUAAUUAACAUCACACCUGCGUCACCCACUGUAAACCUGCACCUGUCUCUCAUGACUGCAAACUCACCUUCACUCCUGUUGUUCAACACUUGUUUUUGUUGUUUUUCUUAUUUUUUAGCAAGCGGACGGUUGACUCUGUUUAAAAAUUUCAGUACUUCCUGUUAUCUACUUUAUAACUCAAUUGACCUGUUUAACGCAUGACCUGUAAGUUAGUUUUAAAUGUGUGUUUUAGAUCAGUAUAUGGAAAACAUUGCUGUUUCCAUGGCAAUUGUUCAGGUUUUUUCAUCGCCAAGCAGGACACUGAGAGAAUGAGCCAUGAAUACAAAAUGUAGAAAAUAGGAAAGAUACACACAAGUUAGGCAUGUUUUUCCAGGUUUACCUCACAGCAAUCAUGUUACAGAUAUGCAGAUAUGUCGAUUAGUAUGUUACUAAAUGAAAUGGACAGAAAACAUUUAUUUUUAUCUGAUUAUGGCCCCUUUUAUUCAUAGUGACAUAUUAGACAUACUGUAUACAUGAUUUCAAUAUAAAAUUAAAUUGUGAAAUCCCUUAUACACUCCAGUCCGUAGGUAUUUGGACAGAUUCUGUGCUUUCAGCUCUAGUCCAGCACAUUGCAAUCGAAAUGAAACAAUAUGAGGUUAACGUGCAGACUGUCACCUUCACCUUGAGGGUUUUUACACCUAUAUUGGGUGAUUUGUGUAGGAAUCCCUUUUUAUACAUCAUCUCCCCAUUUUAGGCGACCAAAGGUAAUUGGACAGUUGGCUUCUCAUCUGUUUCUGAUUAGUCGGGUGUAUUCAAUCGCUUCCUUAGUACAAGCAUUAGAAAGCUCUUCUCUUAUUGGUAUUUGUCAAAAUGAUAUAAAUUAUAGUUGUGCUAAUGGCAGUCAAGGAAGCCAUUAUGAGUCUAAAAAAAACAGCCAGACACAUAGGCCAAACAAGAGCUUACCAAAAUAAACUGGAACAUCAUUAAUAAGAAAGAGAACACUGGUGUAUGUAAGGGAUCACUGGCUUGCUGUGGGAUGAAGCACCAAUGGCAGUUUCUUUUAGCCUCCACACUUUACUCUUACAUCACUCUGCUACAAGUCAAUCUUGGUCUCAUCUGUCCAUACCUUUUUGCAGAACUGUGUUUGGUACUCCUUGCAGACUGUAACCUGGCCAUCCUGUAUUUGCUAGUGGUUUACCUUUUUUAGUGUAGCCUCUGUAGAUCUGUUUGUCGUCUGUGGAGAAUAGUCACUGACACAUCCAUGGUUUUUUAUUCAUUAUGGUGUUCAGUCAUCAGCUGUAGAGGUCUUCCUUGGUGUACCAGCCCCAUUGUAAUUGCUAAGCUCACCAGUGCUCUCUUUCUUCUUAAUGAUGUUUCAAUCAGUUUAUUUUGGUAAGCCUGUUGUUUAGCAAAUGUCUCUGACUGUUUUUUUUUCUUAUUUCUCACACUCGUAAUGGCUUCCUUGAAUGUUAUUGGCUGAACUCUGGUCCUUAUGUUGACAAAUGCAAAUAACAGACUCCAAAGGCAAUCAAAAGCCUAGAAUACUGAAAGCUUUCUUAUACCUGCAAUUGAAUACACCAGACUAAUCAGAAACAGCUGAACAGAGAAGCCAACUGUCCAGUUACUUUUGCACUUUAACCUCAUAUUCAUUGUUUCAUUUCAAAUCCAGUGUGCUGGAGUACAGAUUUCGCAAAUAUUUACAGAAUGCACUGUAUGUAAAAAAACCAGUGAACUAAUGUGAGAAUUAUUUAAUCCCAUUCUAGCUAUACAGAAUAAUGUAUUUCAUAUUUUCUGUAUACUCACUAUGUUUCUUCAUGUUUAUUUUUAUUUUUUAAAUUUUUUUGACAAAUUUGCAUAUAUUAAAAUAUGUUUUGUACAUGUUGUUAUGGGCACAUGCACGGGAGCCAUACAGCCGGUGCUGAUCUGCUGUUGACACCUCCUCCCAUUACUCCCACUGUAGAGUAACACGAUUAAUUUGUUAAUGCGCUGUGAGUUUUAGAUUAACAGAUAGCUGCAAAUGUGGUGUGAGUUUUAGAGAGAGAGCGACGUAAGCUGUUAAUGUGGUGCGAGUUCUCACUGCAAACUGUGAAGGUUGAUCAGUGAUGUUUCACAGCACAUAGCUUUUGAACGUAUUUUUCAACUGUCAAUUUGUGAAUUUACUUUUGUUGUUCAUUCUUUUUAAAGUAUGUCUAUGGGAACUAUAAAAUUAAUAAACAACAUGUUAUAUGUA